GGUAAUGAUCGACAUAUUUUUAGAACAAGUGGCAUUGGGACGCAAAGGCGACAACGGUUUCAAACGUGAGGCGUACCAAAGUGCCGCCGACGCCGUUACAAAGCAUACCAAUGUAGUCCUCAAGUGGCAGAAUGUCUCUAACCGACUAAGGUAUUACAAAAGGGAGUACAUUGCAGUGAAGGAUAUGCUAUCGGCGAGCGGGUUCGGAUGGGACAACGAGCGGAUGGUGGUGACGGCUCCUGAUGAAGUCUGGGAGGAAUAUAUCAAGUCUCACCCCCGUGCGGAGAAACUCCGCGGUAAACGGAUUGAGAGAAUGGAUGAUCUUGCAACUAUCGUCGGUUCCGACCAGGCAUCGGGACGUUUUGUCCAAGGCAGUAGGACUAUAGCCGCAUCAGCAUCAUCAUCUCGUCUUCAACAAGAACUCAAUGAUGCAUGGAGAGAGCUGGAUGAUGACCUCGAUGAUACAAUUGACUUGUCAGAUGAUUUUGUCACAGACUCUGCAAGGACCAUCCCAUUUUCGCCAGACAGUCCUUCGAUUGGACAACACGGCUCACGUAGCACUCCCACUCACACGUCUAAUUCCAAUGCCACUCAAAGUGGGAGCGCAGGCAGGAAACGAUCGCGCCCUACUCGUCCUUGUGAAGUACUCGGGGCCUCUCUAAAAAUCGUUGCCGACUCAAUGCUUAAAUUUGGCCUCGGCAAGUCAGUGAAUCGCACUUCUAAAGUACUUGAUAUACUAGAAGAGGUCCAGGGCUUGACCAACUCAGAGUUCUUUGAGGUUGGUCAGCUCUUGAGUAAGGACAAGGAUCUGGCGUCGUUUUUCGUGAGUCUGCGACCUGAGCGUCGCAUUGACUGGUUGAAGAAAACACUUCAUGACCACUUUGGUGAUCGAGGUGUCGGAUCCAUCUGAGGAUUCGCAUUUCUGGGUUUAUUGUUUUGGCUGUUAGUUAUUGGUUUGUAAUAAC